CCGAAAAGUCGCUUUUUGGCUGCUGGAACCGCGAUUUGCAUCACCAAAAACGACAACCACACGAUGUUUGGCCCCUUCCGAAUCACAAACCCGCUAUCCGGUGGUCUUCUCUGGAAGAUCCCGUGGCGCCUGUCCAAGUUCCAGAAGCGCCGCCACAGAAUGCGCCUGCAGGCCGUCGACAACGUCGUGGCCACCCUCGACGCUGCUCUCGCAAAGAAGGGCCAGACACUCGAGGCCCUUGAGAGAUGGAAGGAGGAGAUGCCUACCGAGGCUGAGAUGCUGCCUAGAGACAAGUACACCGUCUUUGACCGCAACGCCAAGCGCUACAGAAAGGGAAUUCACAAGGUACCAAAGUGGACGAGAGUAUCGCAACGCAUCAACCCUCCUGGUUUCUAAGCAGAUUCGACAUCAAUUGGGCGAGGGGAAGGACGACCGACGCAGCGAAGGGGGGGAACGAAGGUCACACGACACAUUGUACAAAAAACACAACUGCAUCAUCUGGUUCAAUCAUUUAUUUAUUUUCACGGGUUGGGGGACGACAAAAAGAAAGCUUACACUGCAUUUUCUUUCUUGGAAUGGACGAAGCAGGUGCACAUGCUUCACGCAACGCAAUCAACACUUGUAACAAUAGAACACAUAAUACUUUUCACAAUCUCUCACAUAGCGCUCGCCUUUUGAUAUGGUGGUAUUCGUAUUGAACAGUAAAAGUACAAAAGAAGCAAAACGCCAUAGCCCUAUUUAAUCUGGAAUUUACCUGUAACGGUCAUCUUCAUCGUAGUCGCCGUCGCCUCGGACGGCGCGCCCAACACCACCACGGCCCUCGUCAAAGUCCUCGCGGUACUCGUCACGGACCUGACCGCCCGACUUGCCGCGGCCGUACUGGCGGCCCUCUUCGAAUCCAGGGUCCAGAUCUGUGCGGAUGAUACGCUCGUCCAGCUUGGUGCCACCAAUGUACUUCAUGCAGUCGAGGGCGUCGGCGUGUGUGUAGUAUUCGACAAAGCAGAAGCCACAGGGCGUCUUGCUGAAGCGGUCGAGGCCCAUGACGAGGCGCUUGAUUUCGCCGCACUUGGAGAAGAGCUCGUGUACUUGUUCCUCGGUUGUGUAGAAGGAGCUGUGGCUGAUUGUUAGCGAUACGAUGUGAUAGGUCGGUUGCGGCAAGACGUACAGGUUGCCGACGUAGAGGGUGGUUGCGUUGGCUAGAGGAUCAACCUGGGGCUCGGCGGGCUCUUCACGGUCAUCGUCGCGAUCUCUUCUUCUCUUGUUCUGCUCCAAAGGUUAGCGAAU